ACAUUAUUCCCCCACUGCAGUUUCCAGCAAGUUCUUCAACAGGUAAAGGGACGCCACAACCAACAGUUAUAUCAGUUCACAAUCCAGUUUAAAAAGUUUUAUUGUAUUUCCUACAAGAGAAAAGAUGCAAAAAAUUACGAUGCAGAACUGUUUCCUGGCAAUACUUUGUUGUGCUAUUAUGAUGGCCAGCCUGACUUCGGCAGCACCUUCCUACGCAGAUUACGACUCCAAUGUUCGUGAUCUGUUCGAAAUCCUGAUGCAGCGCGAUGCUCUCGACGACAACAGAUUAGGAAUUCACCAGGUCGUCAGGAAGCAGAGCAGAUCCCCGCAACUCCGACUCAGAUUCGGAAAACGAGCGGACUCCAGUUUAUUGCCUGGUCGAUCUCCUCAAAUGCGGUUAAGAUUCGGCAAACGACCUGACCCCAGUUUACUGUCUGUCCCAGCCUACAUGUUGCCCGAACAGGAUAACUAAUCCAAGCGUCAUCAGUUUUUCUCUCUUCUAAACGUAAAAAGCUAAAAGUAUUAGAAAAUUUAGUAACGUGUAUUUAUUUAACGUGUAAUAAAUUUUUCCCCUUUGAGAUUAUGUUAAAUGUUAUGUUUUGCGUUACUUUUCCAAUACUAAAUGUCAAGACUUUAAUCACGAUCGUAUGUACUUACUAAUUACUUAAUGAAAAUGAAUCUAGACCAG